GAGAGCCGACUGUUUUCGCCGUGCCGCUAAUGGACGCUUUUCGUUUAAUGCGAUAAGCACAGGGUGCUGCGUUGUGUAUUGCCGCAACGACCCGUAGUGGAGCGCCAAGAGACGCGACCGGGCCACGGAGUUCGCAAAAAUGUCCGCGCUCUUAGCCCAGCUCGGGGGAAACCCCUUCAACACGCCCGUCGGCCAGAAGAUAGAGCAAGCGACGGAUGCUUCGCUGGCUUCGGAGAACUGGGCACUCAACAUGGAGAUAUGCGACCUCGUCAACGAUACUGAUGAAGGGCCAAAGGAUGCGAUUCGGGCAAUACGCAAGAGGCUUAUGCAGAAUGCGGGCAAGAACUACACCGUUGUCAUGUACGCUCUCACCGUUCUGGAGACGUGCGUGAAGAACUGCGGCCGUCGGUUCCACCUGUUAGUGUCACAGAAGGACUUCAUUCAGGACCUGGUCAAGAUGAUCGGACCCAAGAACGACCCACCCACUGCCGUGCAGGAGAAAGUGCUCAGUCUCAUACAGAGUUGGGCAGAUGCAUUCCGCACACACCCCGACAUGCAGGGUGUUGUCCAGGUGUACACCGACCUCAAGAACAAAGGUGUUGAGUUCCCUAUGACUGAUUUGGACUCCAUGGCACCCAUCUACACACCGCAGAGGAGCGUUCCUCUGACGGCACCCACGACAUUGCCCCGGGUGAACCCCUACGCAGCCCACGGCCGACCCGUGGCCCAAAGCGAGGUGGAGUCGGGGGCGCUCCCACCGAGCCCCGUCGGGCUCACGCCUGAGCAGCUGAACAAGCUGCGCAAGGAGCUGGACAUAGUGCAGCGCAACAUGACGGUCUUUGGCGAGAUGCUGACCGAACUGGUGCCUGGCCAGGAGCAGCGCAGCGAGUGGGAGCUUCUUCAGGAGCUGCAGAAAACGUGCCAUGCCAUGCAAACGAGAGUUGUCGAGCUCAUCAACAAGGUGGCCAACGAAGAAGUCACAGGAGAGUUGCUACGAAUCAACGAUGACAUGAACAACCUGUUUCUGCGUUACGAGCGCUUUGAGAAGCGGAGGACGGCCAUUGUCACGGGACAGGUCAAGGACACCUCUGCCGCAGCCAAUGCGCAGAAUGAGAGCUCGUCUGCUGCAGAUGCAGCACCUCUGAUUGACCUCGGUGAGCCAGAUGUGACCAGUGAACUCCAGAAGCUUGCGUUGGGACCUGCUGGGACUGGAGGGGCAGGUUCAAACCCGGCGGCCAAACCCUCGGGCGACGAGUUUGACAUGUUUGCGCAGUCCCGGCACAGCAGCGACACAAAGCCCAGUGGCAGCACAUACGCCGACAACACCAGCAUUGACCAGCUUGCGGUCGGUCUUGGCGCACUCGCCCAAGUCAGGGGUCAGAAGGUUGAAGCGGAAUCUCUUCAUGAGAGCCACAGAGAAAGAGACUUUGACGAGAUGGAAGAGUGGCUAAGGGAAAAGCCAUCUGAGACUGGACAGGAGUCAAUUACCAGCACAGAGUUUGACCGGUUCCUGGCAGAACGAGCAGCUGCUGCGGAACGGCUUCCUCCGGUGACCGCGUCCUCCACGACGACGACGGUGACAUCCAUCGGGGGACCAACUAUGCCACCUGCACCUCCACCGUCGCGGAAUCGUGUCGAGCGGGACGAAAAAGCAGAAAACAGCCUGUUCGCAUUGUAAACUUAGGGGGUAUAGAAGUUAGGGGAGGUCCUUGGAGUGUACGUUUUCGUAAACGAGUCAACAGUGAUUUUCAGCUGUUGAUGUCAUUGUAAAAUUGUGGGAAAGGACGCUUAACUGCAAAAAAAAUUGAACUGUUUGGCACCAGUUCAAAUAUAGCGUCAUUGACGUGUAGGCAAAUUUUUCUGCAUGGCAUUUUCUGGAUAAAAUUAUUUUUGAACUCUCUGUGUUACGGGACUCUUCUAUGACUUGAGCAAUUUUAGCGGUGUCGGAGCACACCUGGGAUUACUUUUGUUAAUGCCACUAUUCACUUUUGCGGGUUUAGCAUCGCGACUUCUAUUUUGGGUGCGAACCGCGAGCACGAUACAAUAGUGGCCAUUGUCAGUCGUAAGUAACUUAGACGAAUUACGUGUUUUCCUCCAUUUUUUAUGAGGUGUGGUUAGAAAGUUUAGUUUUGUACAUUUCCUAACAGCCUUAUUUGAACAGAGUGCAUGAAUAGAAAAAUUGAAACUUGGUUGCUACAAGAAAGAAAGGUGUCUAUUUAAAAAUAUUGCUCACCUGCUCAGCAUUGUGGUGUCAUUCCAAAGAUAUACAUGUGAUGAAAACGUUUGUGAAGCUUUUCUAAAUAAUGAAAAUGAGCCAAAGUUCGGAAGACUUGGUUAGUUUGCGAGAAAGCAUGACUCAAAUGUAACAGAAAAGUAUCUAUUUGGAAAAUGUAGGCCGUAGCGAGAUGGCUAUAAGACUUAUUUAUUUAAAUAAAUAUAAAAGUGUUAAUCUAUGUGUGUGUGAAGCUACAUCUUGUUACAGUCUGUUAUUUGGCAAAUUAAAAUUAUGUACGUUUGCAUUCUUUGAUCAUAGGCAGUUGGCAAACACAGCAGGUAUUUCUAUGCAGUUCUCUUCAAAAACUUUCUGGGCUUUUUUUUUUUUUAAUCUCUAUUUAGUGAUGUUCCUUACCAGUCUGUAUCUAAGACCCUCUCUUUUGCCUGAUAGUGUGCCACGAUGUUUCUUAAAAAGCCCAACUUAAUGACUCUGAAAAGAAAAAAAAAACAAUGUUGGUCUUUGCAUGAUUUAAGGUUUACCGGUUUUUAUGACCGCAAUUUCAAACCUCGACAAGUCUUCAGAAAUGCUCCAAUAAUAUGCGCUAUUUAGGAUGUUAAGCUCAACCAGCAUUCUUUAGAAGCCCACCAGCCGGACAAGCCAUUUUGGCCUGUUCUGAUUGAACAGUGCUUGAUAGAUGGCUGAUCGGUGUCAAUAGUAACUUUUGCUAUCAAACUCGCCAAAUAAGCAUGGACUGGUACAAAUAGACCGCUCUGUAAAAGUUUACGUGAUACCACACUUAGGCUGGAGUUCCAAGGUUAUCAAAUGGCAUAUUAUCAAGUGGCAUUAUAAAGAAUGGCAAGGUGACAAGACACUUUGUCAGUAAAUGGUCUUCUUCAGUUGUCCUACCGCUUCUUUUUUCAUUUUUCAAAGCAGAGCUUUUGGUUUUUGUCAUUAAAAAGACAUGCUGAAGUUCUGUUCGUUGGUGUGGUGUGUCAAAAAGGCUUUAAUAUAAUAUUUCUUGCAUUGUUUGGAAAACAUUAGUGCAACUAAGCAAAGCAUUUUAACAUAGUUGGGUUGUUUUCAGAGUUACAGCUACAUUUAAAUUGUCACUAGGGGACAAAAAAAAAGUUGCCAUUGUUGGGCAUACAUCGAGGUUCCUGGAAUAUCUAUGUUCACAAACUGCAGGUGUUAACGAGUGUGCUUUUCAUGCAUGUGGAAGUAUUGCUGUAAAGUCUUGUUCCAAGAAAUUCAAAAGAUGUUUAUGUACAACAGAGUUGCCACCCUUGAGCAUUCUGUUACCAGCAUUUGCAAAUGGGAUGGCACUAUGAACUCGGAAAUGUUAUGCCACAGAAUGUGUAAUUUAAGCUUUGCUGUGUUUGUUCACAAACAGUGCUGUUUUGCUGCCGCAAUGCUCAUGACGAUGUGCAAGUUCAACCGAACUUGCAAGGUCGCAACAGCGACAAACAAUCUCUGUUUUUGUGUUCUAGUUACUUGCUCAUAAAUUACAUUCAACGGCUGUAGUGAGCUUAGUGCAUGGAAGUUGCACAUGCAACUUGACAUCCGCUGUGCAGUUGGGAUGUGGGAACUUGAUGUCGUCUGUAUUGUGAAUGUUAGGUUCCCCACAUCCUAACUGUACCACAGAUGUUGAAUUCACCAUGUCAGUGGAUGGCAACAAAGGCUGUGGAUGUCAUGUUGGCUCUGCACCUGUGUUUGUAGAGCCAUUUUAAAGAAGAUGUUAGCAUUGCAUUCCAUUGAAACAGCAGCAAGCAUAUCCAAACUGUGUCAUAGUGCCAAGGAAAUUGCUUCACUCCUGCAAAAAUCGCGAUCUGGUCCGGUGUUUAGAUUGCUCAAAAGCAAUAUGUGUUGAGUCACACUGGGUGUCAUAUGUUGCGUUGGGAUUCUUGUAAGACAGGCAAACAUGUUUUCGGGUGAGUGUUCAUCUAAGCGCGAGGCUGUUCAUUUCUCUUCUUUCGAGAGCUGUUAUUUGUUUUUCUGAUUUUGUUCUUUCUGUUGUCUGUUUCCAACAGACUGUGAUCUCUUUGGUUGUGGCAGUAGUUGCUGCUUUGCUUAUGUGAUGGCUUCCUCUCUUCUCUCAGUGGCAUUGAACCUUGGCAUUGCUCCAGUUCCUAUGAAUGGUGUUGAGUUUUUCAUGACCAUUCAAAGCAACCGUUCCUGUCAGCGACCCACAUAUGCUGGGUCUUUUGGGGCAGUUCAAUCAUUUAUGUCGUGCUGCUUUGCCAUUAGCGCCUGAAGUAGACUUUUGGGGCAUGUAAUUUACGUUGAGUGUCUUUCACUGAAGUGCUAACUGUGGGUUGUACUAACUCUAGCGGAGCUGUUUCCCAGCUCAGUUUACACUGUUAAUCGUUGUUGUUGUCUUUCGUGAAACUCUUGAUGACACUAUGAAUGUAGUAAGUUUAAGGGGACUUGCUGUUAUAAUUGCUCUUGUGUAAUUGUAUACUUUGCAGCUAAUGCUAGGCUGCCAGGCUUUAUUUAAUAGAAGUUAGUCACGGCAACAUAUCAGACCUUGUGCAUUCUACAUGGCGACUUAAUUUGAUACCUCAAGAGAUAAGUGCGCACCACACAUAAAAUAAAAAUUUUCAAAAGGCUAAAGUCAUGUGAAGGAUGAUGACGAGUAGAACCCUGCAGAAUGUGACAUGGUCAGCUCCUUUAAAGUUUUCUAUUUGAGCAAGACAGUAUCUUUUGCCUCGUUCGUCGCUUCAUGACGUGCAUCAUCUUGUGUGUGGCUUGACUUAUGUACUUAGAGUUUCAUGCAUGAUCUUAAUUGGUGCUUGCUGCCUGUGUGUUCCUUUCUUUAUUUUUAAUGGCGAGUGUGCCGGUACGCCCAGUUCAUGCGUUGCAUGCUUCCUUUUAUUUUGGGACGCUCGGGUGAAAUACGCAGAAAAAGAUGCAUGGACUGUUGCCUCAUGAUGGCGGUAGUCUAAGGAAUCGGCUCUGUUUGCUUCUGUGCAUUUUGGCUAAAAAGUAAGAAUAGACUUUCUUACAUUAGCAAUCGCUGAUGACAUUGAGGCUGUCAUAUUGUUUUCUCACCAGAACAAUUAGAAAGUUUGCCGCCAUCUUGGUUCAUUAUCUCCGUAGCACAGUGCAAGGUGCCAGCUGUGAGAACGUUGCAAGUUGUCCGCAUAGCUGAUUCAUGUUGACCGAAACCAAUGUUGAUAGCUGCAAUUUUUUAUAACGUUUGUUCUUGUGGACUGGUGUUUUCCAGCAAAAAUGAUCCCAAAAUGUGUACAGCAUGUUAUGACGCUGCAUGCACAAAAUUUGUAUCGCAAUCAUGCAAAGCUUCCCUUCACCUGAUGGGCACUUUGAGGGUGCAUUGCUUUUUCAAAGGUGUUUGUGCUUCAGCAUUUGAUAAGUUGACUAACUGGGCAUGUAGGAAUGCAGAAAAUUCUGCGAUUUGCUCCUUCAUGAGGCUGACAAAUACUGUUAUCCAUGACUUUUUACAGUGCACUCUUAUAUUCUUUUCAGACAUGGCCAAACUGAGUGGGCUAGAACAUUCUGAAUUUGUUUAGGCUGUACUACCUUCAUUAUGAGAAAAAAAGAACGCAAUUGACAUGCGUCAAGAAUUCGUUACCAUAUUUAUUCGCACUUAGGUUCAGCCCAGAUUUACAGGGCGUUUCAAGACAUGUGUCCAAUAUUGUUUAAAAUUUGGCAAAUGACGCUAUUUGCUCGCUGUAUUCACAGUUUUUUUCUGUAGUGGCAGGCAUCUUCAGAGGGUUGAAGACAUCAUUUUGAACAGUAAUUAUGAAAGAUAAAUUAAUUUAACUUUUUAAUUAGUGGAGCUCAGCAUUCAAGUCAAAUGAGAGAGUAGAAGUCCUUCAUGUGAAGAACCAAUCUUCACUUUGAGAUUUUGGAAAAGCGGCCUCUUGUAAGAACUCCAAAUUAAUGAAAUUUUCUCAAAUUCUGCGGUGAAACCGUAACACGAAAGAGCGCAACUGAAAUUGGGGAGCGUUGUUAUAUCAACCAUCAACCGACUUUGUUGUCAGGGUGUGUGGGCUGCACUGGCAAUUACAGUGCGUAUGAUGCACAUACGUUAACGGGAAAAAACUGCACCCCUGUAACCACUGUUUUGAACAGUGACCUCAUUGUAACUGUCUGCUUGUUGUGCUCGUCGAUUGUUUGAUUCAGUUUUGCCACGGAAUUUAGGAUAAUUUCCUUAUUUCAUAGUUAUUACUAAAAGCCGCUUUUCAGAAAUCUCAAAGUGGCAAUGGGCUCUGCGCAUCAAGAACUUCACUUCUCUCAUAUUACUUAACGACCUAACUUCACUAAUUAAAAGGGUAAAUUAAUUCAAUUUUCCUAAUUACUGUUUCAAAUUAUGUCUUCAACCAUAUUGAAAUAUCUGCCGCUACAGAAAAAGCAACUGGGAAGAGAGCGAGCAUUUAAAUAGCGUCUUUUCCCGAUUUUUAAACGAUAUUGGACACAUUUCUUAAAACGCCCGGUAUGUUGACUCCAAUAUGCUGCACUC